GCAAUAGAAACGCUGACAGGCGCGCUGUUUCAGCGACCACCCCUCAUUGCUGCUGUCAAACGACAACUGAGAGUCAGAACCAUCUAUGAGAGCAAACUGGUGGAGUAUGAUCCUGAGAGAAGACUAGGUAUCUUCUGGGUGAGCUGUGAAGCAGGCACAUAUAUCCGAACACUCUGUGUUCACCUUGGUUUGCUGCUUGGUGUGGGGGGCCAGAUGCAAGAGCUUCGCAGAGUGCGCUCAGGCAUCCUGGGAGAGAAGGACAACAUGGUGACUAUGCAUGAUGUACUGGAUGCACAGUGGCAGUAUGACAACAACAAGGAUGACAGCUACCUGCGAAGAGUUAUCCUGCCGUUGGAGAAACUGCUGACUUCACACAAGCGGCUAGUCAUGAAAGACAGUGCGGUUAAUGCCAUUUGCUAUGGAGCCAAGAUCAUGCUGCCUGGUGUCCUGAGGUAUGAGGAUGGUAUUGAGCUUAAUCAGGAGAUUGUUGUCAUCACCACAAAAGGAGAAGCUAUCUGCCUAGGUAUGAAACUUGUUGUUCUUCUUGUGCCCAGCUAA